CUCAGGCCCGAAUAUCCGUCGGACCCAAUUAUGUUCAUACGCCGACGGUUUCUUUUCCUUUGCCCAAGCUAGAGCAACUCACACGCAUGACACUCUCACUUCAAACAGUUGGAGAGCACAACACCGCAAAGUCCUGUUGGGUCAUUAUCAACAACAAAGUUUAUGAUGUAACGGAGUUUCUCAACGAACAUCCUGGUGGCUCAGCCAUCAUAUUGAAGUACGCUGGCCGAGACGCAACUUUAGCUUACGAGCCCAUCCACCCGAAGAAUGCAUUGGACAAGCAUCUAUCACCAUCGAAACACCUUGGACCAGUUGAUGUCGAUUCGGCAAAAGUCCUCACAGAAGCGAAGCAACAGAGAAAACGAACGAAAGAUGAGCUAAGGGUAGAGGAGGCCAUCAAACUUCGGCCACCCUUGCAGCGGAUUCUAAGCCUCGCAGACAUGGAGAAUGUUGCCAGACACGUACUUUCACAUAAGGCGCUGUCUUAUUAUUCUUCCGCAUCCGAUGAUGAGAUCACCUACGACGAAAACGCGCGUGGGUUCACUCGAUUCUUCUUCAACGCAAGAGUUAUGGAGCCCGUUUCGCACUGUGAUCCAUCAACUACGAUAUUGGGACACAAGUCCUCAAUACCUGUUUUCGUUUCGGGCGCGGCGUUAGCGAAGCUGGGGCAUCCAGAUGGCGAGAUCAACAUCACCAAGGGGUGCGCUGCCGGGAAUAUAAUACAGAUGGUGUCUUCCAACGCUUCCCUCUCCGCGGAAGAAAUCGCAUCAGCCGCAGCACCCUCGCAAACUUUAUUCUUCCAGCUUUACAAGCACAAAGACGAUGUCAUUGCAGAGAAGCGUGUACGCAACGUGGAAAAUCUGGGAUACAAAGCAAUAUUCCUUACUGUUGAUGCCAUCGUACCAAGUAGUCGGGAGCGAGAUAUACGAAGUCCAUGGGUUCUAGAGGAGCAGGAAACUGGACCACAGUGGCAUACUGAUGGAGAGGGAACGGCCGAUACCAGUGAUGUCUUUGGGACGGCAGGAGCGCUGAUUGUGAAUGACGAUCGUGAUAUGACUUGGGAGAAGACGAUACCGUGGCUAAGACGUGUUUCGAAGCUCCCUAUAGUUGUCAAAGGUAUACAAUGUGUGGAAGAUGCAGUGCUUGCAGCAGAGGCGGGUGUGGAUGGGAUUCUUAUCUCUAAUCACGGAGGUCGACAAUUAGAGUAUUCCAUGCCUUCCUUCGAAGUACUAUAUAAACUCCGAAAACAACGGCCCGAUAUCUUCGACAAGGUAGAAGUUUACAUUGAUGGUGGAGCAAGACGUGGAACAGAUGUUGUGAAGGCCCUUUGCCUUGGUGCUAGGGCAGUCGGUAUGGGGCGACCGUUCCUCUAUGCACAAAGCGCGUAUGGAGAAGCCGGUGUCACGAAGAUAAUAUCUAUUCUGGAACGUGAAAUAUUGACCGCUAUGCGUCUUAUCGGUGCAUCCACGAUAAAGGACCUCAAACCUGAAAUGGUUGAGCGGAUCGAUUGGCAACUAGUAGUGCGUGCCAAACUGUAGAAUGUCUGCUUGAGGAUCGUGUUCAUCUCCGUCUCAUGUACUUCAUCACACACUAUCUAUGUCCAAUCUAAUUCAAUAUUUGAUUCAUGUUUUGGCCCU